GCUUGCACAAGCUACUAGUUCACCAUGAAUCCUGCAGAUAUUGCUCGCAUCGUUGUCGGCAUCCUAGGAAAUAUCAUCUCGGGCUUCAUGUUCUUGUCCCCACUGCCAACAUUUCUGGACAUAUGGAGGAAACGAUCGGUGGAACAGUACUCGGCGAUGCCGUAUUUAGCGACGCUAGUGAACUGUAUGGUGUGGACGCUAUACGGGUUGCCGAUGGUGCACCCGAAUAGCAUGUUGGUGCUGACGAUAAACGGGUCGGGUUGUGUGGUGGAGCUGAUCUACGUCAUCGUCUUCCUCAUAUUCUCCGGACGCACCAAGAGGCUCAAGGUGUUUCUGUUCCUUCUCAUCGAGAUCCUUUUCAUCUCCGCCCUCACCGUCCUGUCCUUGACGCUCUUUCACACCGUCAAGAAACGAUCGGCCGUCGUCGGAACCAUUUGUGCUCUUUUCAACCUCAUGAUGUAUGCUUCCCCUUUGACCGUCAUGAAAUUGGUGAUCACUACGAAGAGCGUGGAGUACAUGCCUUUCUUUGUGUCUCUGGGCACGUUUGGGAAUGGCGUCGCUUGGACUACCUAUGCUCUUAUCCGUUUUGACCCAUUCAUCGCUAUACCAAAUGGGAUUGGAUUGUGUUUAUCGGUGGCUCAGCUGAUCCUGUAUGCCACGUAUUACAAGUCCACGAAGCGGCAGAUUGCAGAAAGGAAAUUAGCAGCCAAAGGGCAAGUGGAGCCCACGCUCUCCGAGGUGGUCGUCUUUCCUAAUCCUACACUUCCCAAAUGAUCUCUCUUUCUCCCGAGUCACAGCUAUUCACUCGUUAAUAAAGUUUUCGUAUUAACGAUACGAUUUGAUCUUACGGUGUUAUGAACCAUAAGUCAAAUCCUUAUUAAUUGGAGGAGCCUUUGUCGUUGUUGUUGUUUGUUUUUUUCUUUUUCUCUGAAUAAGUUUCCAUUUUAAUUUUCUGUCUCUUUUCUGCUUUCCUUCUCGUUGUUGUUUUGUUGUUAUUAAUCCCAU